AGGCGGAAGAGGAGUCGCGGAUUAGCGGAGUGGGAAAAAAAAAGGGGCCCUUUCUCAGUUUCUGCGCGGAACACGCGGAGCGGAGAACCGAUCUGCCCACUCGUGGAACCCGCGGUUCGAUCCGCAGGGCGGAAGGAGACCGAGCGAGACGGAGGGAGAGAUGAGGCGGCGGACGGGCAGCUGAGCUGCUGAGCGGAGCGGAGCGGCGGCCAUUUCCUCGGCGCCGGGCCUUCGGGUGGGGACGGACUGGAGGACAUGGGGAGCCAGCAGGCAGCGGUAGAGCGGGGACAGAUCGUGGGUACACGGUGGACCCGGGGCUAGGGACGGGACGGGACGGGACGGGACGGGACGGGUUCGAGCGGAAGCAGACGGAGUGACCGCUCGCAGGCAGCACUUCGUCCGCAAAGGGAUCAACGCGGCCGAGAUUUAAUGAAGAAGAGCGAUGAUGAUGAUGAUGAUGAUGAUGAUGAUCUAGCGGGAUAACAGGCUCGUGUUCAGGCCACCUGCUCAGCUCUGCCAGAACCUUCCCAGCAUGCAGCGCUCCAUCGAGGGCAAUAGGGACGCGUCCCGUGGGAGCGUUGCCGGAGACUCCGACGCCUCCUUCAAAACGCAGCAGAGCAAGACCAAGGAGAAGAACGGCAGGGGGAGUCCAGCGAGCGACUCGGCCCGAACCAGGACGCAGGACCACGACCGCGACAGUGGCUCCUACAACUCGGAGGACUAUGAGAACGGCUCCCUCUCCCGCAGCUCGCUGUCAGGAAGCUCUCGCUCUUUGUCCCCCGGCCCUCGGACCGUGGGCCGAGCCAAACGGAUCUCCGGCAGCCCGUUGCUCAAAAGAGGCCUGCAGAAGGUAGGGUCCCGUCACCUGCGCCCAGGUGUGCCCGUGCAGCGGGGCGGCGUCCGCUCUCAGAGCUUGAACAAGGACCCGUCCCCGAAGGACCUGGACCUGGUCACCAAGCGCAUGCUGUCGGCCAGGCUCCUCAAGAUCAACGAGCUCAAGAACGAGCUGGCGGAGACGCAGCUGCGGCUGCAGCAGCUGCAGAAGGAGAACAAGGUGCUGCGGCAGCUGCAGCUCCGCCAGGAGAGGGCGUUGAACCGGUUCGAGGACACGGAGAGCGAGAUCACCCAGCUGAUCUCGCGGCACAGCGGCGAGGUGCACGUGCUGCGGGAGAGGCUGCGGCGCAGCCGGGAGCGGGAGAGGGACGCCGAAAGGCGCCUGCGGGACGCGCAGGACGAGCUGCACCGCUGCCGGACCGCCCUCCAGAAGCUGCGCCGGCUGGCGGAAGAUCGCCGCCUAGGGGAGAGGGAGGAACUGGCGCGUAAACUGGAGCAGGUGGAGGGUCGGCUCGGCGAGAGCGAGCGCAGAGUGAAGGAGCUGGAAAGGAGUUUGGAACUCAGCAGCAGCAGCUUCCAGCGGCAUUUGGCAGCAGAGAGGAAAAAGUCCCAUGAGUUCCAGACGGAAGUGAAGACCCUCAACGCGGAGCUCGAGCGACUCGGCCUCAAGCUCAAGGAAAAGGAGAAGGAGCUCGACACCCGCAACAUCUACGCCAACCGAAUGCGAGCGGCACCCAAGAGAGAUCCCGACAGUGCCGCUAAGAAAAGAGGUGGACCGGCCGCUGAGCUCCUCUCAGGAUCAACGAGGAGCACGACCAAAAGCGUGCAGACGGAGGACAGGAUGCUCUCCCUGGAGUUCCCCACACCACCCCCUGGCGUAGUGGACAGAGAAGAGGCCCCCCGAGGUGAUGACUACCUCUCCUUGAAGGAGGCUCCAGAGAGGGAGAAGAGGCCCAAGGCAGCAGACAGAGAGAGGCGAGAGGAGCGACACCAGGAACAUGAGGUCCUAGAGUUGGAGGAGAAGCCCAGAAAACUGAGAGGAGAUCUGACCUCCACCCCCCUGAUCGAAGCAACGUCCCGAGAACUGUCCAUUUUGGACCGCCUGAAGAAAGACGAUGGAGACAGGAGGAGGAAUGACUUCAUGCUCCACAAGGAGGAGGAAAAGAGGACUGUCCAAAACUGGCCUCAGGUGCAAGAGCGGGAAGAGGAGGAGCUCAGCAGGAAGGACCAUCUCCUGGCCAAGAUGCGAGAGAUCGAUGAGCAGGACCGGGACGCCCUGCUCAGGCCGUUGCCGACCUCACCGCGGCUCUCGGGGUCCAGGAACCAGAACGGGUCCGUCUUCGGCUUCACCGACCCUGGGGAGACCUUCCAGAACGGUGGUCGAGAGCCACCGAGGAAGGCGGAGCCUUUGGGGAGGCGGGGCCUGCUGGCGCUCGGUUCUAGCGAGGAGUUCAUGUUCGGCAGCUACGCUCCUUCGUUCGGCCGACCUGCGGGGAAGGCGGGGCCGCCCGGACCCCCGGGGGCGAGGGGCGAUGGGGCGGAGGAGAGACACAGGGAUGGCCCGGGUGUAGCCGCCCCUUCGGUGAAGGACAGGAAGUCUGCCCUGAUGCAGCAGCUCUUUGGCUCCAGCAGCAGCAUCAGUUCCAGUGCCGCCGGCUGCAGCAAGAUGGAGGUCCUGAGCACCCCCGGCGCCGUCCAGUCCGUCCUGGGCGAGAGCGGCAGGAAACGGGACGACUCGUUCCCAUUUGAUAGAGGCCAGGCAGCUGGUUGCGGCACGGGGGCCGAGAGUCGCGCGGCGCCGAGGACCGCGACCUCUUUCGACGACGAUGUCGAGGAAGUGACCCUUUAACCCAAGCUCAGGUCACAGCCUUCACCCUCUCGCGUAUCUCUCUUCACAUAUAUCCAGAAACGAUGAUUUAUGGAAGCAUUUCUCCGCCUGGUAGCGUUAGGCGGAAACGAGUAAGUUCAAUUUGAUAGAAACUGAUGCGUGUACAGUUUUUCUUACCGAAGGACGUUCGCACUCUUUGUCAGCUUCUUAGCGGUGAUGAAACGGCACGACCGUGUUUCUCACUAAGUGCCGAUGGCAGGAAAUUGCAGACGAUCCUGUCCGGGCCACUUCCCUCGCGAUGGCUGCGUGGCGAACGUGCGGAUGAAGCCCUGCGCCCCGCGGUCCCGCAACAACUCAGGAUCGCGGGAGGAUUCGGGGUCCAGCGGAGGGACCCGACCGCGUGGUCAGGGAGCCGGUUGGAGAAGUGAAGCCAAAUGCUAGUGGAGGUAAAUCAGAACCGUUAACUGAGUCCAUGGGUGAAUCCCAGAACAAGGAACACGCGGUAAACACUGUACUGUUACAGUAGUUCAGGCAGUUCCACGCCAAGCGGGAUGCUGCAUUUUUACGUUUCCACUUUGAAUACAACCUCCUUUUGAUGACGAAACACGUUUUGUAUUUUUUAUACAGCUCUGUGACUGAUUUAAGGAUAUGGGCUCAGUGAUGAAUUGGCCAGUUGAAGAAGUGAAUCACUAUGGUUUGGGCACUCUUGGAAUAGUACAGUAAUUUCACUUUGCCAAGUUUUCAUGCUUCUCCGAGAGGAGGCUGUAAAACAUUUUCGAUUUUAUUAUUUUGAGCGCUGUGACGGAAGGAGGAAAGGUUUAGUGUCAUAGCACAAUGUUAAUAGCAGUUUAAUUUUUAGCACAGCACUUAUAUUUGCAUUUUUCUUAGUAAAACAUUUUGCGUGAAGUACAAAAAAACAAUCAAAACGGAAAGAUUUAUAUUUACAAAUGUAUUUUAAAUAAUGACCGUAGCGAAAGACAACCUGGCAAUAUUAGUUUCUGUUGACAAAUGCACCUUUCUGUACCCUGAAUUGUACAUUGCUUUGGAGGAAAAACCCUGGCUAAACGAAUAAAUGUAAAGUAUGUCUGGAAAUAUCAUGUAAUGACUGAUACGGAAGAGAAAGCCCCAGAGAUGCACUUGUUUCGCCAAGGUACGGUCUCAGCCCCGACUCCAUCUACCCCCACUUUUGUUUCAUUUAGGGGUAUCCUACAAGAUAUAUACCUUUUUGCACUAAAUAUUUAUGAAGGAUUCAGGAAAGAAAACAUCAUUUA